GUACGCUGUCGUCUCUCAGCAUCAGAGGGUUACGUUACUGUCGAGCCGCGUCCAAGCAGGAGCCCCGGGCUAUUUCUGGAAUUGUGUGUGUGUGUUUGUGAGCUCUGUGAACUGGCGUUUGGGGCGCGAUGUGAGACAAGCGUGUUUUUAUGUGUGCAGGAAGGUGAUUGGAGGCAACUGCAGACAGGAUGGCUGUGGCAAGCAGCUGAUACAAUGCUGGCGGCGGAGCAGCAGCCCGCCCCAAUCUAGCCCGUCGCGUUACGAACGCUUCCUUCACGGGCGCGCUGGAGGGCGGAACCCUGGGCGGCGGCGGCGGCGCGCUCGGGCCACUGCGCGCGCCAAGCUCGCCGCCCGACUCCAGCAUUGCCACCAGUCGCCACAGUCUCAUGGACAUGAUGACGUGUCGGCUGGGUUCUCGGCGGCUGGGCGGUUCAGGUGGAUCGUUGCAGCCUGGCACAGCGUGUUCCGCCGCCAGCGAGCUCGAUUUGAGCUCGCGUCGCGCACACAAAUCUAGAUUAAAAUUGCUGGGCGCAAGCGGCGAAGCCCCACUUUUGGGGGGAUGGCGAAGCACCCCACAUACGCCGAGGGCACCCGCUACCCCAGCGCAGCAUCAGUCACACAAUCAUCUCGCUUCGAAUUGCAACGGUACAGACAGUAGCAGUAGAAAUCUCAGACGGCGUUCGACCUACACAAGUGGAAGAUUUGGAUUCGGAUUAUCAUUUUCAUUUGUAUUCGACCCGGCCGGUCGCCUUUGCUACUACUGGUCUAUGGUAGUCUCCCUCGCCUUCCUCUACAAUCUAUGGGUCAUCGUAUAUAGAUUCGCAUUUCAAGAAAUUAAUGGUGAAACGUUAAUAGUGUGGUUUUGCUUGGACUAUUUCUCGGACUUUCUAUAUAUAGUGGACAUAGUGUUUCAUUUUCGGACUGGUUAUCUAGAAGACGGUGUCUUACAGACAGAACCGGCAAAAAUGCGGCAACAUUAUAUGAACUCAACAACGUUCUACAUAGAUUGUCUAUGUUUAUUGCCGCUUGAUUUCCUCUAUUUGUCUAUUGGUUUUAAUUCAAUACUACGCUCAUUUCGACUCGUGAAAAUCUAUCGUUUCUGGGCGUUCAUGGACAGAACGGAGAGACAUACAAAUUAUCCGAAUCUGUUUAGAUCAACGAGUUUAAUUCAUUAUUUAUUAGUGAUAUUUCAUUGGAACGGGUGCUUGUAUCAUAUUAUAUAUAAGAAUAAUGGUUUCGGUAGUAAAAACUGGGUGUACCACGACACAGAGACGGCGGAUGUUGUGAAGCAAUAUCUGCAGAGUUAUUACUGGUGCACGCUGGCUUUAACGACGAUAGGUGACCUGCCACGGCCUCGCAGCAAAGGCGAGUACGUCUUCGUCAUCGCCCAACUACUGUUUGGGUUGCUUCUCUUCGCGACGGUGUUGGGGCACGUGGCGAAUAUUGUUACGUCAGUCAGCACAGCCAGGAAGGAGUUUCAGGCAAAACUAGAUGGCGUUAAAACCUACAUGCGCAUGCGCCGGGUCCCGAACCACUUGCAAGUGAAGGUCAUUAAAUGGUUCGACUAUCUGUGGCUGACACAGAAGUGCUCAGACGAGGAAAAGGCUGUGUCGUGUCUUCCCGAUAAAUUAAAAGCAGAGAUAGCCAUCAAUGUUCACCUUGAUACUCUUAAGAGGGUGGAGAUUUUUCAAAAUACUGAAGCCGGUUUUUUAUGCGAGCUCGUGUUAAGACUUCGUCCAGUCCUGUUCUCACCAGGGGAUUAUAUCUGCAGAAAAGGAGAGGUUGGAAAGGAGAUGUACAUAGUGAAUCGUGGAAAGCUGCAGGUGAUGGGUGACAACGGAAAAACUGUGCUGGCAACACUAAAAGCGGGUUCUUAUUUUGGCGAAAUUUCAAUUCUGAAUAUGGGGACCGCAGGUAAACAACUUGGAAACCGUCGGACAGCGUCUGUACGCUCUGUGGGAUAUUCGGACCUGUUCGUCCUGAGCAAGAACGAUAUGUGGGAUGUGCUAAAGGAGUAUCCGGCUGCAAGGGUCCGGCUUGAAGCAAUCGCAGUCAAGAGACUUGAGAAGUACAGGAGGGUGCCAGUUGACAAAGGUUCGUGUACUACCGGCAUGGGUCGUUGCUUUUCGACUCCUGGCAUAAUGGAGACCAUUCGCAAAGAGGAUGCGAAGCUCUACCAACAGCCUUUGGGUCUACCAAUCCAUUCGUCACAUCCGCCUUCCUUCCGGGACCAAAUUUAUAGUUCGUCAGUUAGUCCUCUACGUGUAGCAUCACCAGUGGUAUCAUGUGGUUCGAGUGCCCGCAGUAGCGCCGCAGGCCCUGUUAGCGUGGCGACCACAGGUCCCAAAGUGGUUCGCGACUCCCACGAUGCGCUUGAGUCAGAAAUAAAGAGACUGCGCGAGCGGCUGUAUACGGUGGAAACUGAAAAUGCAGCGAUGUCAGCUAAACUAAGCCAGCAACAAUGGGAAGUGGAUCAAAGAUUGCAAGAAAUAGAGAUGCAGAUCUGUGGCGGCAGUUCUUCGAGCUCACAGGAGGAGAAUGAGCGAAACAGGGAAAGCAUUAUUUAACGGCGCGCCUCGCCUGCGCACAUCUGUCGCGUCUCCCCUACACAUACGAUGCACGUAGCCGCCGUCUGCUGAAGCAAACAUCAUGUGCUGCGUGACAGGACAAUUCGUUAAAAAAAUGACAGUUCACCAGGUAAUCGGACAGUUUGUCAAGAAACUUGACGAUAAUCGGACAGUUUGUCAAGAAACUUGACGGUAAUCGGACAUUUUGUCAAGAAACUUGACGGUAAUGGAACUUUUUGUCAAAAAUUAACGGUUCUUCCGAAUAUUCGAGAAGCCCUCGAUGUUUUGAAAUGUAGUUGUAUUUACGAAUUAUACAUUAUAUAUACUCGCUAAAACGAGGGAUUGUGGAGUGAGAUUUUGUCAAGACAAUAUUUAAAUUUAAACCUAUGUGUGUGAAGUGGUGUGUGUGACCUGAAUUUGCAGGUCAAUUUAUCAUAAAUAACUUUACGUUCACGUUGUUUUGUGUGUAUGAGAAUUUUACGAAAUUUUUAUCACUUCGAACGGCGGAUUAUUAAUGAAUUGACAUUUAGAUUAUAAAUAAAACUCGAAAUGUCAAGCCAGGGUUAUUUUAAGAGAACCAAUACAUAAACUAAAAUAGCGGGAUUGGUGCAAUUCCCUAAUGUGUUUAUGUAGCAGUAUUAAAAUUCACAAAUACCGAGAGUUUAAUUAUAUUUAUCCAAAGGACGAUAUAGCCUAACUACAGAUAGGGUUGCCAUCUCUAAAAUUUGGAUAACAGAACAAGACGCGUGAAAACCCCGGAUUUUAGAGUUCGAAAGCCGGACAAAUCAACAAGAUCUUUUAAACAUAUUCAAUUUAAUAAAAAACAUUUGAAAAUGUCAUAAAUCACCUUUUUAAUUCAUUCAUUACUUAACAAAACAGAAAUAUUCCAAUUUGUUAAAAGUCUGUAGCCUACAGAUAAUAAUCACAGGUUAGUUUAAGGUAUUAAAAGCACAGUACAUUUCAGCUUUCAAUUAAAUGUCUUAAAGACAGUUGGUGUCACGAACUGUGUUAUGUGUUAUGGUGUGAUAGGUUUUCUUGAUAUAGUUUUAUAUGCCGUCAAUUUAUUAAAAGGCUCAUACCGAAAUGUAACGGGACGUAAAUCUUACUAAUGGUCAUUUCUGCCAUUUCGAUUAAAAUAACCCUGUAGAGAUGAUGUAAGUUAAAAUUCCCGAUUAUUAAAUUUAUCCACUGAUUUUAAGAUUAUGGUUAAUCUUGAUGUUCAAUCUUAUGUUAAAUUAAUUAGGUAGGUCAUUGUCAAUAAAUUUUUAAGUAUCCAUGAGUUUGACAUAGUAAAUGAAUUUUGGUUGUAUGGAAAGAUUUUCGGCGUUUUGUACAACUAAUGUUUAAAACGUCAAACUCAUGGUUAAUCUGAGGCCGUAGCACGAACAAAACAUUUUUCUUUUCAUUAACAGUUGCUUCUUUUUUAUAAACUUUCUUUUUACGCCAUUUUUUUUAAAUAUUUCCUAGACAAUUCCCGGACUAUGUAGUCGUCGGUGGCAUUAAGUAUCUUACAUAAGUCGUAUUGGUAACUCCGAUGUUAAUACACUACUG